AUGCCAGUACCAAAAACAGGUGCAACCAAACCGAGGCAAAAACCCAGAGACAACCGUAAAACCCGGGUCAUUGUCCGUAAUAGAACUGGGUGUCUGGCAUGCAAGAGAAGACGUAAAAAAUGCGAUGAACAAAAACCAAUUUGCGGCGCUUGCAUCAAGUUGAAGCUUCCAUGCAGCUUUGACAUUAUGUUACAUUGGCACCCUUCUAAUCAACAAUGCCAACCUGUUCCAGUAAAGUUGAGUGUUCCUGGUGCCCCGGGCUACCUUUUAAAUUGCAAUUAUGAUGACAUGAAUUUAUACCAUGUUUUGACCAAUCGUGAAAUGGUGAGUGAUGAAGAAAGAGUAGCCCGACUAAAGGGUAUAAGGCAAAUUGAGUCUGUUUUGGAUGCUCCUUCACCUAUUCCAGAGGAUCAGGAAGACGAUGGAGUUGAAAGUGAAUUGUUCACAUACUACGUAGGUGUUGUUUCUCGACGGAAAGCAUUUGGAGAUUCCCAUUUUAACGAGUUCAAAUUUUUGGUGGUUCCUAAUAGUAUAGUGUCUCCUGCGCUAUACCAGUCUGUCAUAGCACUAGCUGCCCAUGAUAUGAAGUCAAGAAAACCCGAUAAAGCUGCGUAUUACUUGCGACUUCGUGGAAAAUAUAAGCACGAAGCAAUCAAUUUGUUAUACAAAAUUUUGGACGACGAACCUGAUUUCAUAUCGAGCCAAUCGUCCAGUGGACUCGACGAGGUGGUGAUCACCAUUCUUAUGCUUUGCUCCUUGGAAAUCAGCGACCAGGGAAACAAAAAUUGGAUCAGCCAUCUCCGAGAAGGUGGACUCAUUUUUGGAUCGCUACUGAGUGAAAAAGUCAUGCUGUCCGAACUUUUAUUAUUUGCAUACCGUUACUUUAGUUUGCGGUACAUUCUUCUAUUAACCACUCUCAACAGAAGGGAAUUGGACCUCUUUAUGGAAAGCUCUCCCUGGCCGUUAUACGAGCUGUAUUACCAAAGUGACUCUGUCGACUACAUUCUUGGUUGCUCACCAAAGUUGCUUUUCCUUGUCUACGAAACAAUUCUUCUCCGUCACGAUUUACCCUCGAGUCUGAAGAGUGAAGUAGCGACAAGAUACAGCAAUCUUUUGACGAAAUUAACGACACUCAAACAAACCCUCGAUACAGACGACAAGGAUUUCGAACAAUUAUAUCUCUGCUCCCAAGCAUAUUUCACAGCUACAAAACUAUUUUUCAGCGAGAGCUUUGACCGUAUAGUAUCGACCUACUAUCCCAUGUUCAAACUCCCUACGAUUCCUGAAACACAUAAUCUUCAACUCGAACUUUUGGCAAUUUUGGAAAAUUUGACCGCAAGAGCCCAUACACUCACUUUAUUUCCAACAUGGUGCUUGUUCAUCUCGGCCAUGUUUCUACCUCAAGAAAAACACAGGCUUCUGAUUCUCAAUAUAUUUAAGGAUUUGGAAAUACGCUGGCCGUUGGGUUCACCUACCACCAUUAAAACUGCCAUAGAACUCAUAUGGAAAAUGAACGAUUUGAGCCAGGUGAAAAACGACUGGACGGAGAUACUAAGCGUGUGCAACUACAUGCUUGCGUUGACAUAG